AGAGUUCAGACAUCAGCGCUUUGGAUUCACUCGGGAUGAUGUUUCUUUGUGUGAUGCUGCUGACUUUCUCUGGCUUUAUGGAGACCAUGUCAGAGAACUUUAAAGUAGUUGGUCCAGCUGCUCCUCUUGUUGUUGAAGCUGGUGAAGAUCUGGUUCUGCCCUGUUCUCUCCAACCCAGCAUCAGUGCUAAGAAUAUGAUGGUGGAGUGGACCAGACCUGAUACUGACAGUCUAGUACAUCUGUAUGAAGAUUAUGAAGACAGAUAUUAUGGUCAGAUGGAGUCUUACAGAGGAAGAACAGCUCUAUUUAAAGAGGAACUGCAGAAAGGAAACACCUCACUGAAACUCUCAGCAGUCCAACCUACUGAUGAUGGAGCUUACAAAUGUGUCAUUCAGGACAAAUCCUACAGCGAUGCCAUAACUGUUCAUGUUGAAGUCAAUGUACACUUAAAAGUAGUUGGUCCAGCUGCUCCUCUUGUUGCUGAAGUUAGUGAAGAUCUGGUUCUGCCCUGUUCUCUCCAACCCAGCGUCAGUGCUGUGGACAUGACAGUUGAGUGGUCCAGACUGCAUCUGGGUGACAGAAUAGUGCAUCUAGUAUGAACA